AGAAUUGUAAAGUGCUGGAGGGGAAAUUCAACAUUGCUCACCUAUGAAAACUAGUUCAUCAGUGCGCGCGGUACUGACUAGUCAUGUGACCUCAGCUCCACCGACGAAUCACGUUUUGAUAUACACACGUAUAGGAUGAUAGAGUUCCGUCCAGCUAGUAUAUGCUCUAAAAAUGGCAUCAAACUGGGAAGAAUUUUACUCUUCGCAACCAAAGCCUGCAGGUUUGGAGGAUAGCGAAAGACUGUUAAACAAUUUUUGCAUCAAGCAUUUCGCAGGUGAUACAAAAGUUGUUCUUGUCACGAGCGGAGGUACCACCGUUCCCUUGGAGCACAAUACUGUGCGCUUUGUGGAUAACUUCAGUGCAGGAACAAGAGGUUCCGUAUCGGCAGAAUUCUUCCUGAAACAGGGUUAUGCUGUGAUAUUUAUGUACAGGCUUAAAUCGCUUCAACCAUUUUCAAGACAUUUUACUGGACAGAAGUUCUUGGAUAUGCUCGAAUUGACCGAAACUAAAGAUAAAACCUCUAUAACAGUGACAUCGAAGAAUAUUUCAAAGAUAGCAGAAGUUGUACAAGGCUACAAAGCUGCACUCAAAGACGGCAAAUUACUAGAAUUAAGCUUCACAACCAUUGCCGAAUACCUAUGGUUGUUACGAUCUGCUUGUCAAGCGUUGGCAUUUUUAAAAGAGAGUUGCAUUCUGUAUCUGGCAGCUGCAGUCUCUGACUUUUAUAUUCCAGCUGAUGAAAUGUCUGUGCAUAAAAUCUCGUCUAGUAAACCUCAGACAAUAUCAUUUCAACUAGUUCCAAAGAUAUUGGCCCCUUUGGUAAGCCUGUGGGUUCCCAACGCUUUUGUGGUAUCCUUCAAACUGGAAACUGACAAGGACUUACUGAUUGCCAAGGCUAGAGAUGCACUUGACAAAUACAAACACAAACUGGUCAUAGCUAAUAUGCUUCAAAAUAGAAAACAGCAAGUGACAUUAGUCACUCAGAAAAGCAGCUGUGUGAUCAAUCUUACAGAAGAACAAUUGGAAUCUGGAGAAGAGAUCGAAAAGUAUAUUGUAGAGAAUGUUGUGGAAAAUCACAAAUCAUUCAUAGCCAACUGUAAGAAGGGGAUUUAAUGUUCAAGAAUACAACCUGAAAUCGUUAUAAUUUAAGUAUAUCGAGUACUUGCAAAUGUGACCCGUAAAUACACAAGUAUAUUCAUUGUAUAUUAUUGUGGAAUAAAAAAGUGGUGUCACGGCGUCAA